GCCGACCCCGCUGCCGUGUGAGGGGCAGGAAGCGGCGGCUCCAGCCCUUCCGGGUCGGCGGGCGGGCCCGGGCCGAGCGCGGAGCGGGGAGGCAGAGCGGGAGCGGCGCCGUCCCCAUCCCGGAUAUGGAUAACAGCAAGGAUGAAAAAAGUAGGACGCUGUGUGCAACUUCAGAAGAAGGGCUGAAGGUCCGAGGAAAAGAAAAAAGGAAACGAAAACGCAGUAGAAGCAGAUCAUCAUCUGUUUCAUCCACAUCGUCUUCUAGCAGCACAUCCACUUCUUCCUCUUCAUCACGCUCUUCAUCAAGAUCAUCAUCUUCGAGUAGUAGAGAUUUUCCUAAGUCUAAAUCAAAGAAAAAGAAAAAAGAAAAACACAACAAAAAGAAAAGGAAAAAAGAGAACAAAAUGAAGAAAAAGAAAGAAAAGAAGAAAAAGAGAGAGAAAACAGGACCUGUCCAGCUUUCCAAGUUCUUUAAAAACAAAAAGAAGAAUGAAAACUACAGCAUGAUAACCGGAAAGAAAAUUAAGAUGAAAAUUAAGAAGACUAAGGAAGAUAUAGAGAGAGACCGGAACCGUGCGCAGCUCCUGGAAUUUCUGAACUCUGCCUUGUAACGGGAAGAGUGCUGGCCCCAAGGACUUGGAGAUACACCAAGUCAAUGAUCAUCAUGCCUAGCAAAACACUAAAGGGAAACUCAGGGAAAAGGAUGCCAAGUUCGACAAGACCAGACCCUCCUGCUGAGAAGACAAUCGGGAUGUCCUUUUUUAAUGGCAAAAUGAAGAGUAGCUAAUAACUUGCUAAUGAAGAUCCAUGUCCUCCUUUUGAGAUCCUAAGGUAAUAGCCAGGCUGUGGUGUUUUAGAAAAGCCCAGGAGUGUGUCAUUGACAAUGAUAAGAAAUGACACACUGAAGUCAAAUAAUGUAAUUUCUAUCCUAACUGCAUGCAGAAUGCACUGUUAAUUUCAAAUGUCUUAAUUUUUCUAGUAGUUUAACCAGAGUAUUUGUAAAUGUCUCUUUGAAAGAUGAGGUGUUUCUUAUAUGUAUAUUUUUUUUUUCUGGUAGUGGUUAUACUUGUCCUAAAGAGCAAAAUGAUCUCUGUAAAUAGAACAUGCUUUUACAUAAAUGAUUUUUUUGGAAGUUCACUAACUAAUAUAUUUCUUUCAGAGUUUGAGAUAGGAUCUUUCUCUGGACAGUUUAUUGCUCUCUCUCACUAGAAAAUGUAAAAGCAAAAUACUCUAGAGCAAUAACAGUAGCAAAUGAUUUGUAUCCUAAAAUAGAAGCAGAAAAGGUCUCUGAUUUUGUUUGUUUAUCUCAAUCAGCUGUUCAAAGGCAGCUCACAAUAAAUAGUUUACCCCCCCGCA